AUGAUUAGAUGGAUCCAAAACCGCAAUAAUUGCAAACAAGAUGACUUGAAACUCUCUUUUUUUGCACAGCCGGAUACCCAAACAACAUGUAAGUAUCCGCUGUGCGCAACACACAACAAAAAAAAACGAAAACGACAGAAUAGUAAUGGAAGAUGGUCCUCGUUUGCAUGUUUUAAUCCCACCUCGCUGGUAGGAGCUGGAGAGAGUGUUCGAGAAACCAAAACGAUCAAUAAGCCAUUGCGUUUUUACAUCUGUCAUGUCUGGACGCUGGAUGUUCUCCAGAAAAUUACAGGUAACUAA